GUGGUUUUGUAUGCAGUUUAGUGCACGUACAACUCAGGCUGUAAAGAUGUCAGGGUGUUCUGAGGUAAAAAAUAAAACACCGUCAGAGUUCCCGUAUUCCUUUGCCGAGGAUGGACGUCUGUGUCACAAAGACACACUGAAACCCUACAAGUUCUCGUUCCAGCUCAAGGACGUCCAAGCGACGAUGAGGGAACAUGCGGCUCUUUGUGGCUACAUCUCCCAGCAUGUUUACGGUAUCCUUGAAAGUGAGUAUAACCUGAUCAAAGUGUACCUGGAUAAAGGAAGCCAAUCUGAUGCCACUGAUCCUGGUUUUGUCUACAUGAGUCCAGGGGCUUUGGAAAAUCAUGGGAUGCUAAUGGUCCUGAUCCAGGAUAAAGGCACUAUAAGGUGUGGUGUAUGGAGUUGGAAAGCUGUAGCCCAUGAUGGUCUAGAGCAAGGAAGUCAGAUCCCAUACAUUCGCUGGGCUUUGGGGGAAUCCUGUGCUGUUUUGUUGAUGAACCCCAACGAAGGUGCAAUGACCCCAGAGGAACAUGUGCUCAAAGUCUGGGAUCAGUUGCUGUUAAACAGCACUGCAGAGCAAAUUGCAGUGGUGGCACAUGGUUACGGAGGCUUAGCUUUUGUUCAUCUCUUAUGCUGUCGGUUAGAAGAGAUCCAACAGCGGAGGUGUGAUGUGGCCUUUGUCGAUUCUUCACACAGCCUGUGGCACCAACCGCUCGGACCUUCAGGGUGCGAAUGGAUCAAGGUACAUUCCAGCACAUGGGUGCUGAGCAGCAAGCCCAAGAAUCGGCCGGUGGGUUCACUAAAGGCUGGUUGCAGGAUGAUGUCAGCAGGGACACAGUGCCAUGAGACAGCACCUGCUGUGUGUAUGGAAUCUAUAUUUCGUUUCUUUACCAAACUGAUGAGGCCUGCGGUUGCACCGACACCCUUCGGCAUCGUUACUAGAAGCAGGAGCCUCAGCACAAGGAAGCUGAGCAGCACUACAGAUGGAAACAAUAAUAUUUCUUGAAUGUGGAUACUUGUAUCUAGGAUGUGAAUUUAAAUAGGACAAGCGUCAUUAAAUCAGUAAAAGCAGUGUGUAAUAUUUGGUG